CUAUCUUCUUCAACUUUCAAUCAACCACAACAAUGGCAAACUAUCAUCCAGAUUCCUUCACCACUUCCACUAAAUCAAGUCUAAUCAAAGAAGAAGGACGACUUGCUGAUGCGAGCUUGCAAGCAGAGAGUCUCGUGAACACAGUGGCCUUCCUCAUGGUUCUCAAAAGCGCCUUGGAGCUUGGCGUCAUAGACACAAUUGCGUCCGUAGAAGAAGGCGUGUGGCUCUCCUCUUCUGAGAUUGCGUUUCGUCUCCCAACCAAACCAACCAACCCGGAGGCACUGGUUUUGUUGGAGCGGAUGCUGGUUUUACUGGCCAGUCACUCACUUUUGAAGUACCUUAUGGCUGGAGCGGGAGAAAACGGCCGAACCGGAAAAAUGGAGAGGGUAUAUGCUGCUGAACCGGUUUGCAUGUUUUUCUUGAACCGUGGAGAUGGGUCGGGUUCUCUCGCGUCUCUUUUCAUGGUGGCCCUAAGCGAAAUCUUUUUCAAGAGUUGGGCACAUCUCAAAGAUGUGAUAUUAAAAGGAGAAGAUGCAUUCACCUCUGCGCAUGGCAUGAAAAUCUUUGAAUACACUGCUUCAAACGAACCAUACGAUGAGUUAUUUAACCGGGCAAUGUCAGAAUAUUCUACACUGACCAUGAAGAAAGUUCUAGAAGUUUAUCGGGGAUUCGAAGAUGUAAACACUUUAGUUGAUGUGGGAGGAGGAAUUGGAACCAUCAUAGCUCUAGUGACUUCCAAGUAUACUCAUAUUAAGGGCAUCAAUUUCGAUAUACCCUCGGUUUUAGCCCAUCCUCCUAUUUAUCCAGGAGUGGAGCAUGUUUCAGGAGAUAUGUUUAUAGAAAUUCCAAAAGGGGAUGCUAUACUCUUAAAAUGUGUCCUACAUGAUUGGACCAAUGAAGAUUGUGUAAGAAUUCUAAAAAACUGUUGGAGAAGUCUUUCUGAAAGAGGAAAAGUAAUAAUAGUUGACAUGAUUACGCCGAUAAAACCAGAGAUCAACGACAUUUCUUCGAACAUUGUGUUCGGCAUGGACAUGACUAUGUUAACACAAAGUUCGGGUGGUCAGGAGAGGUCUUUCUCCCAGAUCGAGACUCUAGCCUCUGAUUCGGGCUUUCUUCGAUGUGAAAUCAUAUGUCAUGCCAACUCACAUUGCGUUAUUGAGCUCCACAAGUAGAUACGAAAUGUUGCGAAAAGACGAUCAUCAUCCGUUCAUGUGGAGACUGUAUGCACUAAAACCUGGUAUUUCACAUAUUCAAAAAUAAAUGUUCC